GUGAAAACUUUAACACAGAGCAGCAAGGAGGUGAAAAGUGUCGAUCUGACCAAGGUUUCAGACAAAAACCUCCUGGCUGGGAAAAGCAACGGUGAUGAAAGGCUCCCGACAGAAAGGAAGUCGAUGAUUAAUUUGAAACGAUCAGAGCUAGUAUCAACACAAGCAGUAAGCAUCACGUUACCUUCCCCCUUCGAUAUUUCUCUUUCUGCUUCAAGGAUGAUAUACAAGGCUGUUAUACUGAUAAAUAGUUUGUCUUCUACAGAAUAAGAUAGCGGCGGAAGAGAUUACUGUCGAUCUCACCAAAGUUCAGCUGGGUGGCAAAAAGCUCCUUUUG